AUGGACCAUGAGGCUACUGGUGGUAGAAUAGUAGCAGACGAUGAAGAAUAUAUUCGGAGCACGAUUCCGCUAUGGCACAAUGAACUGCGAGGAUUUCGAUCGCACGUAGUAUUACGGUGGGCUUUGACUGUCCUCGGUCUAGCAGUGUUUAUUCUCACUGCCCUCUCAAUAUUUUCUGGGGCUUUGUACCUGACAGAAACGAAAUUGUCUUCUCUCACGAUAUGGAUCGUGGACUUUGACAGCUUAAUACCACCAUAUGAUUCGUUGGAUGCCGUCAUUGGUCCGCUUGUCACUGAGAUGAUUAUGACGCAGUCCAGCCAAACCAUGGGCGGCUUAAACUUCGUAACUCGCCCUCCUAUCAAUUUUCAAAACAAUCCUAUGGCUGUCCGACAGAAAGUCUAUAACGAAGAUGCAUAUGCUGCUAUUAUAAUAAAUGCGAAUGCUACCAGCUCUUUGCAAGAGUCCAUCGCGUUUAAGGACGCGUCGUACGAUCCCCUCGGUGCUGCCCAAAUCAUAUAUAACUCAGCUCGUGAUGAAACCACCUAUUAUAACUAUAUUAUUCCAACGCUAAAUCAACUGAAACAAGUGGCCUUGGAUGGGUUUGGACCACGAUGGAUCGAAAUACUUACCAAGAAUGGUCUGACUAACAUUUCUAACGUUCCUCCUCAAGCGUUAAAUCCAGCUAUCGGCUUCACGGAAAUCGAUCUCCGGCCCUUCGGUCCAGCUGUCGCAACGCCAGCUGUUAGUAUAGGGUUGAUAUACCUAAUUAUCAUCUCCUUUUUUGCAUUUCCUUUCCUGAUACCCAUCCAUAGCCAGCUCACUUUGAACAAGAAACAUCGUCCGGUGAAAGCUUCACACAUGAUCAUAUGGCGUCUCUUCUCGAACUUCGUUGUAUAUCUUAUUCUUUCGUUUUUUUAUUCUCUCGUACCGCUAGCUUUUCAAAUCCCAUUCACCAAUUCGCCAGAACCAGCCAUGGAACCAGCAAGGAACGCAAAUGCGUACGGAAAAAGUUCCUUCGUAGUCUACUGGAUGCUAAAUUGGAUCGGUAUGGCGGCGCUGGGUCUUCCUAGUGAGAAUAUGGCCAUGAUAUUAGGGGCACCCUGGAGUGCACUUUGGUUGACCUUCUGGGUCAUCUCCAAUGUAUCGACGGGAUUUUAUCCCUUGAAUUUGGCAUCCAACUUUUAUAAGUGGGGAUACGUGUGGCCACUUCAUCGAAUUGUUGAAGGCUCACGUACAAUACUUUUUGGCACAUACUCCCGCAUUGGACUCGACUUUGGUGUGUUGCUCGGAUGGAUAGGCGUUUCGAUCAUUCUCUUUCCCGUUGCAACGGCAUUUCUGGGCUGGAAAUCCACAAGGUUGAUAGCCUAG